UCAGCCAGGAGCCUCCUCGGGAGGGCCCCGCGGUGGAGUCGCCUCAAGUCGCCGCGCGUCUGAACGCCCCACGCGAAGUUCCCCAACGCCACUCGUCGUUUCGUCGUCGUCCGUCCGUCUGUCUCUUCUUCGCAGUCUUGGAAGGUCGUUGCUGACGUGCUAGAAGAUUGUUGGCGAAAAGCACCAUGAGGAAGAUUAUUCUUGGUCCGAAUUCCAUCUAUUUGUAUGAGGGAGAGAUGGACACCAACGAUCUUUUGUUUUUUCACAAGCACAGGGAUGUGUUUAAAAGAAUGUGGCUUGAACAGAGGAACAGGUUUUGGAAAAGAUUUCUUUUGGGAUUCCGGACAUUUUAUGAAGACCUCUGUCCACAAAUAGCAGGUGAAGUUAAUGCUUAUUUCCUAUAUGGCUGUACUUACAUAGAGACACAGUUUUGUCAAGAUCGAUAUUCAAAUGCAAGGAGAUAUAUGGAAGACGUUUUCAACGUUGCUAAAAACAGACACAAGGCUGUUAAUUGUACUGGUGGUUCAGUGGCCUGGGAUCCUUUUUAUAUGAAAGAAACUAGGGAAACGUUUAGAAAUCUAUUUGGUUCUCCAGGUGCCCCUUUGACCCUUGAGACGAUGUGCUUCGUGUCUCCACUAUUUAUUCAAUUUGGGAAGUCGGUGUGCAACUGCCUGAGGUAUUGGAUCGAGGCAGAGAAAUGUGACAGCUCAGAUGAGUCCUAUUGGUCACCAGAGUUUGUUAGGAAGUAUGGCAUGGACACGGACUCUAUAAAAAUGUCAGACAGUCCUUUAAAUAUUCUCAAAAGAAAUAAAAAAUCCAAGUCUAAAUCGAAGCAAGAAAGUUCAAAUGAUCCUUCAAAGGAAGAUUUACACCCUGGCCAAGAGACACGGUUUUCCCAGCAAAACACCACCAAGGCUGCCACCACAACUACCAAUUACUCUUUGUAUACUCCAAUACCUAAAGAUACGAGAACAACGGAAACAAAAAAGGAAGAUGUGAAGCUGUCUGGAGCGAAUAGUGAUGGAAGUGAGCCAACAGAAAAACAUGUUAAGGAAAAUGCCUCAAAGACGACUUCAUCGGAGUCCAAGUUGGUGAAGGGGGUUCUGAAGGACUUCUUGAAGUUGGCCAAGAGGAAGAAUUUUGAUGCAAUUGUGGAGGAAGACCUGAAUCGCGAGGCCAGACUGCGAAAUAGGACCCCAGAGGAUGUUAUGCGACAGGUUGUGGAGGAUAUACUGUCAGAGGAAGAUCAUGUUUGCUGGUGUUUUAAAGAUGCCACGGAGUGCCGCUGUGACAGCAGCAGCAGCAUUUUUUGCCAGUGCAGAGAUAGCAGUGACGUACGAAAAAGCAACAAAUCUGAAGUUGCAUCCCUGGUGGAGAAGCUGAUUGGGAAGCUAGCCGGCAAUGAUACCUUCAAUGAGGCGUCAACAGCAAGCGAGGGGGAGCCCAGCUCUGCCAAGUCAGAAGCUUCUACCAACGCAUCGAGUGCUCCCACCGUGGAUGAACACGGAAACAAAAAGGCCAAGCAGCGACAAUGUGACCAAUGUAAAGCCAUGGAACCGAAGCCUAAACUGUUUAAGAAAUGCCAGAGGUGCUACGAUGAACAUUGGAAUGAGCCUAAGUACUACUGCAGCCGUGAAUGUCAAGUGGUAGCUUGGAAGGCUCAUCGCAAGGAGCACGCUGCAGCAAAAAGAACCCCCCACUAGGGGGCACUGGGAAUUACUGCACCACCAGGUUGGGAACAUUUUGGAGUGUACAGUGUAAUUUGUGCUCAACUUGUUUGGUGCCGAAAUCCUGGACUUAAUUCUAAGCUCAAAAAUGUGUGGGGUGUGGUACAAAUAACUGCCACCACUCAGAACGUAGACACGUCCACUUGACCCAAGUCAAUGCACACUUGUAGCGUGCUUUCUCAUCCUUCUCAAGUUGAUUAUGUUUAAACGGAUUAAAAUUCUGAAGAGACAAUGAUGUCUCAUUGGCAAGAGUGAACUGGGUCACCAAAAUGACUACAUGAAAAAACAAAGUACAGCAAUGAAGCAAAAUACUAAUUGGCAGAAAUAACUGUCACUUAAUACAUCUAAGUUAGUGCACCAACAUGGAGCAAUAUUAAAUGAUGAAUUUCCUGUAGCUUGGGCGGAUCAUUUUUCUACUGGUCAAACUAUAAUCACUAUUAAGUCACGGAUAUUUUAAACAUAUGUUGGGUGGCUAUUGUAUAAAUAUGCAAACAGACGACACUGUCAAAUUAAAUUGCAAGUGAGGUUAUACAGAAUCGUUAGCUUGGCAUAAAGUUGUGAUUAAAAUGGGAUAGCAAUCAAGGACAUUUUUUUAGAUUUUUUUUUAAAAUGUAUUCUCUCUCGUAACCUUUUGUAUAACAAAGUCAAUGAUUAAAGCUGAAAAUAUCAAUUAUCUAUUUCAGUGGUUCUCAACCAGGGAUAUGUGCGGACCCUGGGGGUACGCGAGGUGAUUUAUAAAUGUGUGAAAUUUAAUCAUACAUGAGAGUCAUUGGUGAGUAAUCAUGUAUGAAUCUGCCAGUAUGAAAUAACUACGAUAACAUUAAAAUCCGUAUGGUAACCUCGAACGAUAUGAAAGACCUAUCUGAACUCGUUGAUCGUAAACAAUGUGGUUUCGAAGAGUAACCAGCGAGUGCAAACAAAUUACGUCACGCAUGCAGAUCGUUUUAUUCGCUUGCAGUUCCUAGAUAGGAUACCUCACAAAAUGGGUAAUUGAUACAUUUAUUUUUUUAGAACCAUUUUGGGUCAAGCAAGGGGGGGUACUCGGUUGAAACAAAAUUAAACAAGGGGUACAGUAGCCAAAACAGUUGAACUACUGAUCUAUUUCAUUCAUGCAGUAUAAAACUUUAUGGAGUAAUUGAUGGCACUGGGCAGGUGUUUGGCCCAUUAACAGAGAAUUAGUGAGGGCCAUGUGAAGUUUCGUUUUUUUUUCACAUGGUUCUCCUGGGCUUUUGCCUUCUGCUUUUGCUUCAAUUUGUGUUCAUGAUUUCGUAUGGACUUGUGCAUAACGUGCAUGUAAAACAUUCCAACAUUCAGCUAACUGCAUUGAUCCAUUCAUACCAAUAGGUGGCAUGCUUGUCUAGCCAUCUGCUUCAUUGUUUGCUCGGUCUGGAAGGGACUAUCAGCCAAGCUGGUUGUGGUAAGAUCUGACAUUUGUGUGCAGAAUGGCUUAAUUUCAUGUUUACUUUGUGUGUAGUAGCAACGCGAGAAUUUCAUUUUUGUCAGCAAUGUAAGUUUAACACGUAGGCUUUCGCGACCAAUAUCCUUAAAGGUUUUUUGGGUUAGAUCUUGUAAAUAUAAAUGAUUGUGUCGUUAAACCUGCUACCACCGACACAACCAAUGAGUAAUGUUUGUCACGUAAACAAAACGUGCCAAUUAAUUACUCCUUCAGCACACCGGCGAUGAAGCUGGUUGUAAUCACCAGUGAAGCGUCGUACUUAUAUUGUAAAUGUUGUGGGUUUACUCUCCAACACACCGGUGUGCUGAAGUUUACAUGACAAACCGUACUAAUUGGCUGUGCUGGCUGGUGACGGCUUAACAACACAUUUAUAUUUAUGCAGUUUAACAAACCAAAAAACAUGGAAAGAAAUGUAAACUUACAAAGACGUUUCCAUUCCAUACAUAGACUCUAGCAACAGUGCACAUUUUAAUUCCUUUAAGAUGUAUAUGAUAUUUGACAUCGUGCAGACCUGAAACAAUCUGAGCUUUGCCAUCUUUCGGAGUUGCUGUACUUUGGCAACUUUCUGAUACUAAGCUUAUAUUUCUUGAUGUGCAACAUCUGUGAGUCGUUUUACUUGUACUAAAGUUAGUACAAAGCUCAGUAAAUGUAAAAUUAAAAUUAGGAAAAAAAUAUUUUCUUAGUUUUGCAAUUUGUAUACCAUUCUGUAAGUUUUUUUCUCAUAAAUUCACUGUACAGUGUAUUGAAAUGUAACGUGGAAACUUUAAAUAAUCAUAGGGUUGCCAUGCUAUACAUUUUCACAAUACGCUACGAAAUCAGAUUUUACGCUGUGACGAUUAUCACAAAAUUAGUUCCCUUAAAUUCAUGACUUGGUAUUUCACAUUUGUAUGGGUUUCUUGUUGUACUCCAAGUGUGAAUAAAGAUUACAUCUUAUUUAUUUAACUGCAGUUCAUUCAACUUAAGUCUGCGCAUGUCUUUCUAAAAUUGGCCUGCUAUGUCUUUCAUGCUGUCAUUUACUUAAAAAACAUGUUAUAUGAUAAUGGUCAUUUAUGGCUGAAAACACUUUAUAGAAUAAGUAAAUAGCUAUUUACAGCUUUGACUUGAUUAUUCCAAAAAUCGAAUGGCAGAUAAUAUAUAUUUUUAAAUGAGCACCGCAAUUGCGGCAACCUUAAUGAUUAAUGUUCCAUAUUUCGACUUAAAGCUUUCGUGACUGCAUGAAUUCAUAUUCUUUGGGUCUUUCGGUAAAGUCACGUAGAUAGGUUCAAAGAAAAUAACAAAAAACUACAACGUUUCGAUCGCUUGUGUUGCGAUCUAUCUACGUGACUUUACCGUAAGACCCAAAGAAUAUUAGUUCCAUAUUUUUUUAUUGUGUUAAUGGGUUACAGCUCUGUAUAGCAAUGUAUUCGGUAACAUUUUGUAUGCCAUGUAGAUGAGUGACAAAUACAAUGGCCUGUUUUCUGUUGAACUGUUUAUUCUCAGUCUUUUUUUUAUUGUCGCUGUUUUACAAAAACCUACAAUUUUGUGUCAAUGUGACCUGUGUAUUUAUUGUCUAUCAUUUAUAAGUUAAAGGGAUAGCUAUUUUGGGUAAAAUGCAUGUUUAUUUUCAGUGCAAAGGAUACGCGUUUAAUAUGGUUACUUUUGUCAUUUUAUUUAUCCUUUGAGUCAUGCAGUCGUUCGAGCGUUUGCCUUUAAAAAAAAAUUUGGUUAGCUUAUCUCAUCAGACCAUCAGGGUCGAUAAAAUCAGUUCCACUUUAUUUUACAUCGGCAGUGGUUGCCCUCGGUAGGGAGACUUUUCCUUGAUGGGAAUUUGAAAUAUCAAGCACUGGCACAGAUUUUCCAGCACAUGUAGUAAUCACAUUCUUAUUGCUUAUUUGUGCAGGGAGAUACUGUGACUUGACUGUUUGCAUAUUGAAUGUUCCGAUUAGUUUUUUGUUUGUUAAAUACCAUAUAUUUAUCUGCUGUUUUGGUAUGGCAAGUGAAGAGUCAAUAUUUUGUUACCAUGUACAGCAGAACUCAAUCCACGGUGAUAUGGGGGCAGCAUAUCAGGGAUCCCAUCAUCCACAAUGCACCGCAGAGGUUAGUUCUGUAAAACGCUCAAAAUAUUCGAGAUUUCAUUCAUCUUCAAAAAAAAGUGCAGAUUGCAGGGGAAGCACGGGCAUGUAACUACCAGCAAAUGCAUCUACCAGUGUGGCUCUGUGUUUAAAGAGUCUUUGGACUUUGUUUAGACUUGAUAUCUAAAUAUACAAAAUGCAAAAUUCUUCCCGACUCAACAAAUCACAUCACCAUAGCUGUAUGCACUGAUGAAAACAAAAACAUUGGUAAAUUAAUACUUUGUUUUAGUGUUUCACUGCAAGCCUGUGUCAGCCCAGCCCACUUAGUACAGAUCAUGGUUUACACACAAUGCAUUUUAAAAAUGCCCCAUUUCCCCCUACCUUUCUCUGCAACUCUGCGAUUCUCUCUGCAGCCCCCAAAUUCAAAGACUUAUCAGAGCUCCAAUUUCAAAGAAGCAGCCUAUUUGCAAUGCAAAGACAUGUAAAAAUGUAAAUUAAUGUAUAUUAAAAUACAUUGAAUGUCUAACGAAUUCGUAAAUAUUUUGACUCAGCUAGCACGGUGUGCCACGAAUUAUGGGAGGAAUUUGUGGCUCUCGGAAGAUAUCCAGAAAUGCACAAUUUAUUUCUAAGUUUCAGGAUUAAAAGUACCAAGGAUUUUUGGAAAUGUGGGUUCAAUAGAGUGUGGUAAGAUGCAGAUUAUCAGGGUAUUGGGGUCCUGUAUUGUCCAAACAAGUACCAUGAACAUUUUAAUGGAAAUUUAUGUAAGGACGCUUAGCAUAUUUAAAUACUUUUGUAAGAAUACAAUGAUUCUUACAUUAGUAUCCUGUUCUCAGAUGCACAACCAUCAAUGCAUUGCUUGCUUGCGAGUACUUCGUUUUUGACUUGCACAGUGUGGAAUUUAUUAUGCAAAUUUUGGUAAUGACCCUAGUGUUAUUAAUAUUCUUUGGGUCUUUUGAUAAAGCUACGUAGAUAGAACAAAUAAUAAAAAUAAAAACUAUCACGACGUUUCGAUCGCAACACAAGCAAUCGUCAUCAGGUGAGAGAUUAGCAUGUCAAUGUAAGAAAUUUGCUUGUAAAUGUAAGCUCGGAAAGAACAAGCACAUUUAGCCCCGCCCACUGACCCUUGGGCUACACCCAUCUCAAACCUUUAUAACUCCCUGCCUUAGCAGGGCUCCCGCUAUAUUUUUCACCGGAUGACGAUUGUUUGUGUUGCGAUCAAAACGUCGUGAUAUAGUUAUUUUUAUUGUUAUUUAUUAUAUCUACGUGGCUUUACCAAAAAACCCAAAGAAUAUGAAUUCCUGCAGCCACGAAAGCUUUAAGUCAAGAUCCUAUUGUUAACUUUAUAUUUUGUCUGCCUGAAUAAAUAUAUGUUUGUGUAUGUUGCUUUGUUAUGCUUAAAUGUUGGUACCUAAAAUAUAUUUUUCAUGAAAAGUAUAAUUGCAACGUUUGUUUUGCCAGCAUUUCUUGUCAAAUUACCACAACAUUAACGUUAAACCACAAAUUUGAACUACAGUGUGAAACUUUACGAAUUUAAAUUUGAAACCGGUAUUCGGUGCUUCCAAACAAAUUGCCAUUCGCAAGAAUAGCAUGGCUAUAACGGUGAAAGAUACAGUACAAUGUCGCAUAUCCGACUCGCUGGGGAGUGAGGUACGCGUGGAUUUGUGAAAAGGUCAGAUGUUAACAUCUGUCAUAAAUGACAAUUGCACUAUAUGCAAAUAGGCAACUAGACGAAGCACAAGCCGCUCUAAAAAGGGAGAAUGCAUUACUGUUCUUUGGAAGCAAGCCAAUAUCUAUUUUUAAAAAAAGAUUCAAGAAUAAUUAUCGCGUGUGAAAAGGUCAUUUAUUUUCAAUGUCUAUAGAAAAUGAUUGUGACGGCGUGCACAAAUGCUGCGCUGGGUAUGGACUGUUAAUUAGUCAAGGGGAAUAUCCAGCGAUCGGACAUGCGACGUACUGUACUGUAAUUGAUCGUCUCGGUCAUAUUUGUCGCAGGCAACAUACAACGUCGCGUUUAGCAUCUGGCUGUAGACACUUGAGUGACUGCGGCUUGUUUUCACGCACCAAGUGUUCGUUGAUCCUUAAAUCCUUGCAGCUCUCGUAAAACUUUCUGUACCGGGAUCUUUUGGCGUGCAAAGGGGACACCCCCCCCCCCC